AUGCCGGCGCAUCGAACUCGCCUGGCUUUCGAGCCACUCUCGCCUCUCCUUGAUAUUCACCAGGUUGUGGAAUCCACUCCUAAUUUUGAGUUUGCGAUGGAAAUCACAUGCGAUUCAAUUGACGACUUUCCCCUUGAAGACUUUGAGAAGCUAGUCUUGUAUCAAGUUGCCCUGAGCGGGAGACCAUUGGUCAUCAGAGGAUUUCAGAAACGUCUUGAUAAUGGUCUUUUCUCGGAGAAAUGGCUCCGAGAAAAAUAUGCAAAGAAAGUUGAGGAAGUUCGAGAUAUAGGGAGAAAGAGGACACAAAAUUUCACUAUGGGCCACUACCUGGAAAGCCUGCCACUGCUCACUCGGCAGGUUACUGUGCACAACUACACAAAUAAAGAUCUCCAACGACUCUACCUCAAGGAUAUCGACUGCCCUCCCGAGUGGCGCGCUUAUCUUGAAAACCUGUUACCCCCUUCACUGUUCUACCUGAACGAAGUACCCAAGUAUUUUGAAGGACCUGCCUCGCAAAACACGAACCUGUCUGACAUUCCCAAGUCCACAGAAGGCGAAUUCAUCGCACCAGCGGGCGAUUUGAUGAGCAGUCUACCUCCAAGCAUGCGGGCGGAGAACCUGAUGUGCUAUAUCGGCCAUGAGGGCACUUACACGCCAGCACACCAAGAAAUGUGCGCCAGUCUCGGUCAUAACAUAAUGGUUGAUGCAUCCGACGGGAGUCCAGAAAAUGGCAAUCCAACAGAACCAGGUUCGUCAAUCUGGCUCAUGACAGAGACCAAAGAUCGGCGGAUUGUGUCUGAAUACUGGAUGUCUGUUUUGGGACAUGAUAUUGACAUUGAGGAUUUCUUUGCUCCCUUGCAUGCAUGGGAGAUUGCACCAUUCAAGACGUGGGUAGUUGAGCAGAAACCUGGUGACCUUAUUCUUGUACCCCCUCUUGCUGCACACCAGGUUUGGAACCGCGGCACUCGGACGAUGAAAGUUGCAUGGAAUCGCACUACCGUGGACACGCUCGAGCUGGCUCUACAUGAAGCCUUGCCGCAUGCGCGAAUGGUCUGCCGUGACGAGCAGUACAAGAACAAAGCCAUUGUUUACUAUACUCUUGAUCGGUAUUCAAAAUUGUUGCGGCAAGCAAAGUCAGUCGACCAUCCUAUUGUCGAACAAAUGUGGGUUGAUUUCAAACGGUUAUUCAACCUGUACAAGGACAUUUUGUUGUCUGAGUCCUUCUCCCAAAAAAAGCCAGAGAAGAACGUUGAGUUUCUUACGUGCCCUGGCUGUGUAAAUUCCCUUGGUGACGAAGAGGACCCUUAUGAUGUAUGCAUGGAUUGCUACGUUAUGGGUAGAAGCUGUGGCUGUGUUUCCAACCUCAAAUGGAUGGAACAGUUUCCAUGGAAGCAUUUAACAGAACGGUACGAGACAUGGCGACGGCUGAUCAUUUCCUCUAAUGAGAACGAUAAGGAUCUGAGGGUUCAGUUCCCUACUUUCAUUGUCGCCCGCGGUCAGGUGGGCAAGAAGUCUGUAGCGGAGAUAUGCCAAGAGCAACUGGUGCGCCGCCCCUGGAAUGACCCAAAGAAUCCCAAACCCGUGGUAGACGAUGCGAUCGAAGAUGCUGGUAGCGAAUCCGAAGGGAAGAGUCGGUCUAAAAAGCGCCGCAAAUUGCGGCAGCAAACUUUGGCCAAAGCAAAUAACGUCCACCGCUGCCACGUUUGUCUUCAUUUUGAAGUCGACUGGAAGCUUGCAAAAUGCUCAAACUGUGACCAGCGUUAUUGUUAUGGCAGUUUGUUCCGCGCAUUUGAGAUUUCCCCACAGGAGGCGAUGGAAAAAUAUCACUGGCUCUGUCCAAAAUGCCGUAAGGAAUGCAGUUGUGGUGCUUGCCAGCGCGACCCAUCUAUGAAGCCAUACGAACCUAAUUGUACUAUUCUGGGUCACGACACUAGUAAGGUUGCCGAUCCCCGCAGCAUCGAGACCUUGGUAGAUUUCCGGAAAUCGAAUCUAUGGUGGUUGAAGAAAUUUGGUGAUGAUGUUCAUGGACGCAUUCAAAAACGCCAGAAGGAAGCCGAGGAAGCCGAAAUAGAGCGACAGAAGACCCUUGAAAACCAGGGCUUCAGCUUCGAGUCCAGCCCAUUCGACCAGCCAGUACAGAAUGAGAAUGGAAACGAUGAAACCUUACUGGUCUUUGAUGAGAAUGAUGGGGGUAUCCCCGUUGAUCCAUCGUUGGUGGUCCAGGGCUCUGUUGCGAGCCCAAGCACUUGA